AUGUCCACUGAAUUAACUGUUCAAUCUGAAAGAGCUUUCCAAAAGCAACCUCACAUCUUCACCAACCCAAAGGUUAAGACGAACAGAAGAACCAAGAGAUGGUACAAGAAUGCCGGUCUAGGUUACAAGACCCCAAAGACCGCCAUUGAAGGUUCUUACAUUGACAAGAAGUGUCCAUUCGUUGGUGACAUUUCCAUCCGUGGUAAGAUUUUGACCGGUACCGUUGUCUCCACCAAGAUGCACCGUACCAUCAUCAUCAGAAGAAACUACUUGCACUACGUUCCAAAGUACAACAGAUACGAAAAGAGACACAAGAACGUCCCAGUCCACGUUUCCCCAGCUUUCCGUGUCCAAAUCGGUGACAUUGUUACCGCUGGUCAAUGUAGACCAAUCUCCAAGACUGUCAGAUUCAACGUCUUGAAGGUUUCUCCAGCUUUGGGUAAGGCUGCCAACAAGCAAUUCCACAAAUUCUAA